UGGGCUCUUUGCCUACACUUUGCCAGCGAAUCCCAGCUCCCGGAGAAACAAGUUUAUGCAAAUCCUGGGGCUGGUGGAGGAUGAGAUCAGGGGAAAGCAGAAGCCUUCAGAACUGGACUCUUUUGCAGGGACACGCCAAAAAAAAAAAAAAAAAGCUCCUGGUUUCUUUCUCUCUCUCUCUUAUUGUGCACAACUCCUUGGAUUUGGAGGGCUGGGCUUUGUGGGUGCCAGUCCUCGAAGACUCGCUGCUGGGAAGACCUCGCUCCCCGGCUCCGAAACUGGAUUUACCAAGUGGCUUCAAACCUGGGCUCCUGUCUCGGGGACUUUUCUCUUUCUCCCGCGGAUUAUAUUUCCCCGUAAGACAAGCAAGGAGGGUCAGAGAAGGCAUGAAGACACCCUUGCUGGCCUAACCUGGCAGGAGGAGCCAGGACCCCUGGGGGCGUGAUGGUCCCCAUAAUCCUUUGCUCCCUGCUCUUGGCAUCUGUCGGAACUGCGGAGCUGGAGGGGCAUUUCGACCUUGCCAAGUGCCGCUAUGCGCUGGGUAUGCAGGACCGCACGAUCCCCGACAAAGACCUGUCAGCCUCCAGCUCCUGGUCAGACUCCACUGCCGCCAAGUACAGCCGGCUGGAUACAAGUGACGGGGAUGGGGCCUGGUGCCCAGCGGGACCAGUCUACCCCAACGAUGCUGAGUUCCUGGAAGUUGACCUCCGGCGCCUGCACUUCCUGACGUUAGUGGGCACCCAGGGCCGCCAUGCCGGUGGGCACGGCAAGGAGUUUGCCCGGGCCUACCGCCUCCAUUACAGUCGCGACCGGCGCCGUUGGCUGACCUGGCGUGACCGCUGGGGCAAUGAGGUGAUCUCUGGGAACGUUAACACAAAUGAGGUGGUGCUGAAGGAUCUUGGGCCACCCAUCAUUGCCCGCUACAUCCGCUUCUAUCCCCGUGCAGACCGUGUUAUGAGCGUCUGCCUGCGUGUGGAACUGUAUGGCUGCCUCUGGCGGGAUGGACUGCAGUCCUACACCGCCCCCAUGGGACAAGUUAUGCCUCUCCAGCCAGAGCCUGUUUAUCUCAAUGACUCCACCUACGAUGGCCUCAGCAUCAGCAAGCUUCAGUUUGGGGGCCUUGGGCAACUGGCAGAUGGUGUGGUGGGACUGGAUGAUUUCACUCGGACCAAGGAGCUGCGGGUCUGGCCAGGCUAUGACUACAUCGGGUGGAAGAAUGACUCCUUCUCUAUGGGCUAUGUGGAGAUGGAGUUUGAGUUUGACUGUCUCCGGACCUUCACCUACAUGAAGGUCCACUGCAAUAACAUGCACACGCGGGGCGUGAGCAUUUUCCGUCAGGUGGACUGUAGGUUCAAGCAGAACCUUGAAACUGCCUGGGAUCCCGAACUGGUGACUCACCUGCUGGCAGUGGAUGUCAAGGACCCCAGUGCCCGCUCUGUCACCGUGCCCUUGGAGGGACGCCUGGGGCACUUCCUGCAGUGCCAUUUCUACUUCUCCAAUGAGUGGAUGCUCUUCAGUGAAAUUGCUUUCCUCUCAGAAGUGGUAGAGGACCCAUCUCUUACUGGAACAAGCCGUUGGCCCCCAGUGGUCCCUCCUCAACCCUCAGGUAGGGGGGCUGCAGCCUCCUCUGUCCAGGAGGACCUGGGCUCCACAUUGCAUGGGGAACCAAGACCCACCUCCAACCUCACCCGCCAGGACCUGGAGGUCCAAGGGAACCCCAAAACUAGCCAGCCAGUUGCAAAGGAUGACAACAGCAACACGUCCAUCCUGAUUGGCUGCUUGGUGGCCAUCAUCCUGCUCCUACUGGUUGUCAUCUUCCUCAUCCUCUGGAGGCAAUACUGGAAAAAAAUCCUGGGAAAAGCUCAGCGACGAAUCUCUGAUGAUGACCUGACCGUUCAUCUUUCUGUGCCUGGCGACACCAUUGUCAUCAACAACACAAUGGGCUCCCAGCGCCAUUCCAGCCGCUAUGAACGCAUCCAGUCUGGGGAGACUGAGUACCAGGAGCCCAACCGUGCUCGCAUGAAGCUGCCUGACCUGCCCCAUGGCACUGAGAACUCCGCUCUGCUGCUCAACAACCCGGCCUAUCGGCUCUUCCUGGCCACAUACGCCCAGCCAAUGGGAGGGCUCGCUCGCCCGCUGUCCGAGGCGGCUAAGCCAAUCAACACUGAUGCCUGCAGCAGCGACUACAUGGAACCGGACUCUUCGGGAGCCCUGGCCCCAGUGCCAAACAACGUGCCACACUACGCUGAAGCUGACAUCAUCAACCUGCAAGGGGUGACAGGAGGGAACACCUAUGCCGUGCCAGCUGUGGCUGUGGACGCACUGGCAGCCAAGGAUGUGGCCCUGGCUGAGUUCCCCCGCGGCCGCCUCCGCUUCAAGGAGAAACUUGGGGAGGGGCAGUUUGGGGAGGUCCACUUGUGCGAGGUGGAGAGUCCCCAGGACCUGCUCAACUUGGAGUUCCCCUUCAAUGUGCGCAAAGGACGCCCUCUGCUGGUUGCUGUGAAAAUCCUGCGCUCUGAUGCCACCAAGAAUGCCAGGAAUGAUUUCCUAAAAGAAGUGAAGAUCAUGUCACGGCUGAAGGACCCCAACAUCGUGAGGCUGCUGGGCGUGUGUGUGCGGGACGACCCCCUCUGCAUGAUCACCGAGUACAUGGAGAAUGGUGACCUCAACCAGUUCCUCAGCGCCCACGAGCUGGAGGCCAAGACAGGGGGCAGUGCCAGCGAUGCCCCCACUAUCAGGUAUUGCUGGGAGCAGGAGCAGGGACCCAGGAGUCCUGGCCCAGCUGGGCUCCUCUACUUAGGUGCUCCAGGGCAUUGUGGGAACAUACCUAACCACCUCCUGCCCUUCCUUGGCUCAGCUGCCCCACUGCACUGUGGUAAUAUCCCCAACUUCCUUCUGCCUCCUCCUAUACCCAGCUGUCCCAGAGCAUUGUGGCGAUAUCCCUAACCCAUU